CGGUACCGAUAGACUUCUUUGUUGGUCUCGGGCUGUGACACGUUUCCACCAAGUUUCAGGGAAUUUGAUGCAACUUAGUUACGGCUUUGUUUUACCAGGUUUGACCUCUGGGGGCGCUGCUGUGUUUUUAAGCAAUGUUUUAUAUUUUCAGGGUGUUUUUGUUCGACAGCUUCUUCUUUUAUAAAGCGUGUCUCUUUAAAUGGACUCAGCGAAGACAUUUGACUCUUUUACAACCUCAUAAAACAACCGAGUGUCCGAGAGAUAACCAGUUAAAGUUUAACUAGUUACCGGCACACACACACACACACACACACACAGCCUCCUGUUUCACUCCAGGAAAUGCGAUUGUGUGUGAGUGUGUGAGUGUCGCUCUUUGUCUCUACGAGAAAUAAAACGCUGAUGGAUAAACACCGUCACCGUGGCAACAGCCGCUUCGACGUGCUCAGCCGGUGGCGGCGACAGCUCGACGGCGGCGAGAGGAAUGUUUUGGCGUUGAAUGUGUUGUUGAUUGGCGACAGGCAGAGUGGGAGGAGCUCUGUGGGGAACGCUCUGAUUGGUGGAUAUGAAUUUAAGACGGGACCUGACGUCUGUGGAGUUGCCAUGACGACAGAGUACCAGGUCCUCAGCCGAAAUUACCCCCGCUAUUUCAGGCGACAGGGGGCGGAGUCUGACCUCACACUGAGAGUCGUUGACACGCCUCCCCUGGUGCCCCACCCUCAGGGCGUGCGUGAGCUUUGCCCUGAGGGCGUGCACGUGAUAGUGCUCGUGGUGAGAGUCGACGCCACGCAUGAACACACACACCUGGAGGAGUGUGUGGAGCAUCUCUUUGGUCCAGAGUGGCAUGGCCACGCCCUCCUCAUCCUCACACAUGCCGACCACCUAAAGGAGGCGGGGCUUCAGCCCUCCUUCUACCUGUCGCAGACUCCCGAUUGGCUGUCGUCCCUGUCCAACAAGGCAGUGGGCGGAGCCUUGUUCUUGGACAACAGCUGUGAUUGGCCGUCGCUCAGAGGACAGCCUGUGCGGGAGCGCGUGCUCCGCCUCUCGGCCCGAAACCAUCACCGAGCUGUGGCAGUGAGGACAGAGGUCUCACUCUGACCCGGAAAACGAGAAUUACAUUACAUGUCAUUUAGCAGACGCUUUUAUCCAAAGCAACUUAAAAUGGAAUUAAGUACAAUCAGCCAGGGGUAGAGUCGAACUUGCGACCAUUGCGACCAUGAUGUCUUUCGCACACAGGGUACCAGUCUUAACCACUGAUCCAC